CUUUCGCUUGGUUUGUUCGGCUAUGCUAUCACUGUGAUACAAUUUCAUUUUUAUCCCUGCAAAAGAAAUGGCUUCCAAUGCAAAUGCAGAAGCUGAUGGCAAUUAGAACGUUGCUUGAGCUUUCUAGGCAGGCCUAUUGAGGACGUACAUUAAUUAUGAUAUUUUGAGGUUGCUGCAGGGUAAGUUGCUAGUACUGGAAUGGUUGAGUUAAGUUCAGAAAAUUUCUGAAAAGUUUUAAGAGUCUGAGUCACUAGUAUCUUAACGAUUGCAUAUGGGACUUGCUUUUCUUAAACUCUUUUCUUCCAUGCAGGUGUCUGUAGCAUCAGACUCUAUGUGCAACUACAUGUCUAGAGAUGUUACAGCAAGCAUUGGUUACGAUUACAUCCUUCAGCAGUGUUGUCUCAGAGGGAAGAUUGAUUCCAACGGAUGUGCUGCUGCUUUCUUGGAAGAGCGCUUGAACAUGGGUCUUAAUUUCCUUCUUUCAGCCGAGGAUGUUUCACUUGCCAGAUAACCGCAUCAGAGCACAUUCUUGUUGUUGAUCAGAUUGGUAUUAUAGGAGUGGUGUCUGUUGGAGAUGGUGUUAGUGUUGUUGUGAGUGAGCAUAGGGAUGAGUGAACCUUUUAAAUACCAAACAUACAAGGAGAUUAUUAGAUGAUGAUCACAAGAAAUAAAUGGAUCAUAUGCCCUUAAUCUUGUAAAUAUCAACAUGCUUGGGUCUACUGCACUAAUUUUCCUGUUUAGUGUUAGCAAUUGUUUAAGAUGACAGUUUCUUUUGAACAAACUAAAAGGUGUUUCAUCUUUGUUUUUAGGGAUUAAUUUUUUACUUUGUGGUUCUUUACAUUGUUUGAAAGAUUAAAAUUUAUUCCCACAGUAGGAAAUGAUACGGCUUUUCUUUUUCUA